AAAUUUUGCAAACGAAUCGGCGGUGGGGUGGCGGCGACGCCGGUUUCUGUCCGUCUCGUCUUCUUGUUUCCUGUCCAUUAUCUACUUCUCUGCACGGUCAAUCUACCCGACGCUUUACUGAAAUUUCGUCGAUCGGCCUCUCGCUCGAAAGCAGAUAAGAUGGGGAUAAUCAGAGGUAGUUUCUGCUUUCUAGUGGGGACUGGCUGUGGAAUGUACAUUGCCCAGAAUUACAAUGUUCCGAACAUAAAGAGACUCAUAAAUACAUAUAUGUUUGUGGCAAAGCACAUAGAAGAAACCUACAGGAAGUCUAAGAAAGAUGACGACUAACUAGCAGGGAAGUGACAUUUUCAUUGAUAUUGAAUUACCAGAUUUUCCAUGACAGCAUACCUGUAGGAUAGUCGAAGAUCAUUACAAUUCAGCUGAUCAUGAUUUGGUAAGAAAAUACUUUUGCACUUCUUAUCUUUCUUAGUAUUUAUGCUAUAGUAUGCUUCACUUCUUAAGUUCUUAUCUUUCUGACUUGUCGUAUGGAUGAUGAAUUAUGAGCUUCACGCUGUAAAAAUUUUCGUUUGUUGCGAAUCAAAUGUUAAUCAUUUUUCCGCCUUGAUCACAA